AUGAUCUUGACAUAAUCAAAGGUCCUUCAGCCCACCAGAGGCAAGAGUAUUAUUUGUUUCCUGCCUUAACUGUUAAGGAUGGACAAGAACAGAAAACAUAUGGCUGAGCGAAUAUUAAAGCUCACCCUAGAGAUCAUCUACCUACUGACUGAAGAGGAUUACAUAGUAGUGCAGAAGUCAACUGAGGAUCCUAUAACAGUGUCUCCACCUCACUCGCUGAUACAUGAGAGAAACCGCUAUCAGGAGAUCCUGGACCUCACCAACAAAAUUACUGAGCUGCUAACUAGAGAGAUUCCAUUAAGGUGCCAGGAUAUCACUGUGUAUUUCUCCAUGGAGGAGUGGGAGUAUUUAGAAGGACACAAGGAUCAGUAUGAGGACAUCAUAAUGGAGACUACCCAGAGUCUCAUAUAUUCAGAUGACUCCACCAAAGAAACACCAGUGAGAUGUUCGUGUUGUUUAUAUUCUAAUGAUUUUGCAGAUAGAUUCCCUCAGGUGAACAGUUUGAGUUAUAUGAAAGUUGAAGACAUAACAGAAGAUGAGACAUAUGCAGAGGUAACCCAUCUGUAUAAGGAGGAGGAGAUUCUUACAGAUAUCAGCACUGAUGACUGCACCAAAGAUGUUGUGGGAAAUCUCCUUUCAUCUCCAGAUUAUGAAGUAAAGUGUGACUUAAUCUCAGAGGACAAUCAUGGAGAACAUUCUACAACACUUUUUAUAACAACUGUACCCUUAGCCCUUCACACCCGAGAUCUGUCUACUGAUCCCACUAAUCACAAUGAACCUUCUUCUGGUCAAUCGCAGAUUGUUAAACAAAGUGCAGGAGGAAAAGUGGUUAAAAUAUAUCCGUGUUUUGAGUGUGGCAAAGAUUUUAAAAGGAAAUCUAUUUUAUUGAUGCAUGAACGAAUUCAUAGAGAUGAGAGACCAUUUUCAUGUUUUGAAUGUGGGAGAAGCUUUAGAAAGAAAUCAAAUCUUUCUAAGCAUGAAAUAAUUCACAGAGAUGAGAGGCCAUUUUUAUGUUCAGAAUGCGGGAAAACUUUUCGCCAGAGAUCCGAUCUCAUUGUACAUCAAAAGAGACACACAGGGGAGAAACCAUAUUCAUGUUCAGAAUGUGGGAAAUGUUUUGCAAGGAAAUCCUAUCUUGUUGAACAUCAGAGAACUCACACAGGAGAGAAGCCAUUUUCAUGUCCAGAAUGUGGGAAAUGCUUUCGUCAUCGGUCUGCUGCUGUUAACCAUCAAGUAAUCCAUACAGGGGAAAAGCCAUUUUCAUGUUUGGAGUGUGGGAAAUGCUUUACUAGGAAAUCAUAUCUUAUUGAACAUCGUGUAACUCACAAAACAGAGAAGCCAUUUUCAUGUUCUGAGUGUGGGAAAUGCUUCACAAGGAAAUCAAGUCUUACUGAACACCAGAGGAUUCACACUGGAGAGAAGCCAUAUUCAUGUUCAGAUUGUAAAAAAUGUUUUAGCCUAAAGUCUGAUCUUGUAAAACAUCAGAUAAUUCAUACAGGGGAGAGGCCAUUUUCAUGUUCUGAGUGUGAAAAAUGGUUUAGCAGGAAAUCUGAUCUUGUUAAACAUGGAAGAUCCCACACGGGGGAGAAGCCUUUUUCAUGUUCAGAAUGUGAGAAAUGGUUUAGUCAUAAGUCGGAUCUUACCAAACAUCAGAGAACUCACACAGGAGAGAAGCCAUAUAUAUGCACAGAAUGUGGAAAAUGUUUUAGACUUAAGUCUGAUGUUGCUAAACAUCAGGUAAUCCAUACUGGGGAGAAGCCUUUUUCAUGUUCAGAAUGUGGGAAACGUUAUAACCAUAGGUCAACACUUGCUCAGCAUAAGAAGCUAAGCCAUUUUAAUGUUCAAAAUGUAGCAUAUAUUUUACCUCAGUUUUAGUAUGGAGAAUUAUAAAAAUUAUCAGAAUUCUAUUUUUAUUUUUGAUUAUGGCAUUUCUUUUCCAAAAAAUAACUCAGAAUAUUUAUAUGCCUGUCUCAGUGUUAUAUCCUUUAACAAAUUAAAAGGCACAAACCUGAGCUUCCAGACAGAACCUGGCUUCUUAUGCAGCUCCAUAUACCAUAGAAAAAUGUAUAACGUCAGCUCACCACUCCAUUGCAUGACAAUCCCAGGUUGCACAAAUAGACCCGGAGUCCAGCCUUUCAAACAGUGGAACAAUGGAUCAAGUCCAGAUUUUUUAUGCCUUGAAAAUAAACUGGAAAGCUUUUAUAGGAGUCCUGUGUGACACCAGAUUUCUUCCAUUGUUUCAGUGCUCCAGACACUAUGGCACAAUCCAUUUCUGGAGGGAAUUCCAAGUCCUUAUCUCCUCUCUAGUCUAAAGUGUCCUGGCAACCAUAAAAGUCCUGGAAACUUAACGUCUUCUCCAGGCCAACCGCAGAGCACAGUAGUCACUGCUGUUUCCUCCACAGAUCCCUCACCUAUGUCCUGCAUUGUGGACCUCCAAGUCUGGAUAAGAUAAUGGUGCCUCAUCAGAUCCUAUAUGGUUAUACUGAUGUUUGCACGAUUCCAGAAUUGUUUCAUAAUGGGAACAUUAAACAGGGUUUUCCUGUUCUCCCACCCUUGUGAUGAAAACUUUGGGUGAUCUACAUCUGUCUAAUAGAAAAUAAAUCAAGCAAAAAACUGAGUAUGAGUGGAGGGAAAAAAGCAGAUGGAAGGGAAGAGGAGGAGAUAGCAAGGAGAAGAGAAAAGAAAAAGAGGGAAGAGAAAACUGUCACUGAUGAUCCGUGAGAAUACUGAACCGUCCUCCCAAUAUUAUCAAUAUCCCUAUCCCUUAUCGAUCAAUGGGUCUAUUAAACAGUAUUUAUUUCCAUAGGCCCCAGAACCUACAAUCUGAUUACUCAGAGCAUCUCCUUCUGUGUACCCAGAGAACAAAAUAGUCCUUUUGUUCAAGUCAGUCAAUAGAUGCC